CCUGUAUCGUACUUGAGUGGUGAUGAAUCUCGUCGAGCCAAGAAUCGCCGAUAAUGGAGCGUGUUAAAGUCAACCCCAUUAUUCCCGGGUUCGCCCCUGACCCUUCCGUUAUCUACGUGGAUGGAACAUACUUUCUUGUAAACUCCACCUUUCACAUGUUCCCUGGUCUACCAGUUUAUGCGUCUAGAGACUUGAAGGAAUGGAGCCAUAUUGGCAAUGCAUUAAAUCGAACGGGCUUGAUGUCCCUCCAGCGCUCGAUGACUAAAUUGGUCGGCCCUGAUGAGGAUGGUGUUAAAAUUGCUGCGCAGGGAGGGCUUAUGGCUCCCUCGAUCAGAUACCACAAAGGCACCUUUUACAUCGUCUGCACCAAUAUUGCUCACAAGGAUCUUCUGCCUGGAGAAACAGGCUGUGAAAACUUCAUCUUAUCAACCACCGAUAUUUGGGCUGAUGAAUGGAGCGAUCCGGUCUUCUAUGACUUCCAUGGAAUCGAUACUAGCUUGUUCUGGGAUGACGACGAUCGCGCGUAUCUCAUAGGCGCUCGAUCUCCAGCUCCUGCAACGCAGAUCUGGCAGUUCGAAAUCGACGUCAGGACGGGAAAAGACCUCUCUGAGAGGAGGCUGCUCUGGGAAGGUGUCACAAAGGUUUACCCAGAGGGCCCGCACAUGUAUAAGAAGGAUGGAUGGUACUAUCUUCUCAUCGCUGAGGGUGGCUGUUUUGCCGACCACCAUGUCAUUAUGGCUCGGUCGAGGGAUAUCUGGGGUCCGUAUGAGGUCAACCCAGCUAAUCCGGUGCUACCAAAAGCGGACCCUAAUGGGUAUAUCCAGUACACAGGCCACGGAGACCUGUUCCAGCAUCCUUCGGGACAGUGGUAUUUUGCAUGUCUCGGUGUACGCAAGAAUAAUGGGCGUUUUAUCAUGGGGCGCGAGUCUGUUCUUACUACGGCCUCGUGGAGCGAGGGAGAAUUCCCCGUGAUCGACGGCCUUCAGGUCGAUGUGCCACUUCCAAUACACGAGAGCUCAUUGUCUUCCAAUUUUUCUAUCCCGAAAAAGUUCGGAAGUCCAGAUGUCGCCUAUCUUCAGAUCCGCGACCCCGUGCCAGGCAGCUAUGAGCAUGAUGGAAAAGGCGUCACUCUGACAUCCAGCAAAGCGGACUUGAACCAGGACGACGAGCCGGUGACAUUCAUUGGAAAGCGCCAAAGGAGCCUUCAUGGCACGUCUUCCGCAACACUCGAGUCCCUAGACAGCUCCAUCAUGGAGGACUCUCGACUCAGGACAGGUCUAUGCUAUUAUAAAGAUGAGCACCGAUAUGCUCGUGUCUUUCUUGACGUCAACCCCGAGAAUAUUGUCUUUGAGCUUGUCAAUAAGGCCCGGUCCAUCGAACGAACAUCAUCUGUCAACAUCGGUGCAAUAGCGAAGGACAAUAGUAUUGUAUUUGGGAUAGACUAUACUGAGCUAGAUCUUGUCUUUUGGUAUUCGCUUGGGGAGGUCGGGACGAGGCGAAAGAUGGGUACGCUAGACUCCUUAGAUAUGACUGGGCAUGACUUUGUGGGGCCUGUCAUUGGUGUAUUUGCUACCGGCAAUGACCAAAUCAGGGUGAAGUAUCUAGACAUUACAGUUGUAUAGAUCAGUAUUCCACAACUGUAGC